GAGUUGGGUGUUGACCUCCCACCCUCGUGCCACAUUCCGGUCACGCUUAAUGGAUCGGGGCAACAGAUCCUGACACCGGCAUCAACCAAGUUACAACCCCGGCCGAAAGAAGAGAGGAGUUCUAGUAGUAAUGUGCUGCUCUCCUUCUUCUACCAUCCAGCUGCACUGACGGCCCGAUUCAAUCAGUGCAGCCUGAUUGAUGGACCAGAGGUAAGUGCGCAGCAUCCAAACGUGGCUUAA